AUGCCGAGUGAAGAAAUCUCGUUGUUGAAUAAGAUCUUGCAUAAAAAAUUGGAAAAUCUUCAACAGGGAAGUGUUCAAAUAUCCCAGUUGCAAUCUGAUCCGAGUUCACCGUUAUAUUCAGCGAAUACCUUUGAAAGUCUUCGGUUGAAAGAAGAUUUAUUACGUGCACUUCGUGUAAUGGGUUUUUUAAUGCCAUCGAAGAUACAAGAAGCUGCAUUGCCAUUACUGCUGAUUGAACCACCGCAAAACAUGAUCGCACAAUCACAAAGCGGCACUGGUAAGACGGCAGCGUUUGUAUUAACGAUGUUAUCACGAGUAAACAUCGAUCACAAAUGGCCUCAAUGCCUUUGUCUAGCACCCACUUAUGAACUAGCGAUUCAGAUUGGUGAGGUGGUCACUGCAAUGGCUCAAUUCAUGCACAAUUUACACAUCCGAUAUGCUCUGAGAGGUGAACGAAUACCACAAGGUGAGAAAAUCGAAGAGCAAAUAGUGAUCGGUACACCGGGUAAAAUGCUUGAUUGGGUGGUUAAACUGAAAGCGAUUGAUGCAUCAAAAAUAAUUUGCAUGGUAUUCGAUGAGGCUGAUGUCAUGAUCUCUCAACAAGGACACCGUGACCAGUCGAUUCGACUGAAAAAUGAACUAGAAAAGUCUGGUGCGAAAUAUCAAAGUUUAUUAUUCUCAGCCACUUAUGACGAUGCAGUGAUUGCGUUUGCUGAAUCGAUUAUUAAUGAAGCCGUUGUCAUAACGGUACGUCGGGAAGAGCAAACGCUGUCGAAUAUAAAGCAGUACUAUGUGAAAUGCGGAAAUCGCGAAGAGAAAUACGAAGCAGUAAUGAAUCUGUAUGGUGGUUUAACAAUAGCAUCAGCAAUCAUUUUUUGCUAUACUCGUAAGUCAGCAGAGUGGUUGGCCACUCGAAUGACCGAGCAUGGUCAUGUUGUAGCUUUAUUGCACGGUGAAUUGCGCAUUGAGGAACGAGCUCGUGUAAUACAAUGCUUCAAAGAGGGCUAUUACAAGGUGCUUGUUACGACGAAUGUUUGCGCGAGAGGAAUUGAUGUAUCACAAGUAACAGUAGUAAUAAAUUAUGAUCCACCAUUAACCUUCUCGGAAACACCACAACCAGAUUAUGAGACGUAUUUGCAUCGCAUUGGUAGAACAGGGAAAGAGAUUGAAUUGUUGGAUGCAGGUAAUUUGGAUGUAUUGGAGGCAAUCGAAAAAGAUGAAAAAUGA